CCGGGGUAUCGCCAACCAGCGGAACCACCACUCUCAACAGAUCUUCGCAGAUGAUGACAUCAUGCAGUGUUUCUGUACUCAGUCUCCCCUCAACAUCCUAGUACCCGGCUCCAGCAUAGCAGGUCCCUGCCUCGCCUUCUGGCUCCACAAACUCAUCCCAAUAUGUAGCAUCACCAUCCUCGAGCGCUCUCUCGUCCCGCGUCACCACGGCCAAGCAGUAGACCUACGCUUAGCAUUCGUCCCAAUUGUGUCGAAAAUGGGUUUACUGGGUGCCGUACGCGGCAAGACCACUACCGAAGAAGGCGUGCAGUUUGUGCAUGCGGAUUGCAGGACGAGAGCUACGUUUCCAUCGAGUGGAAACAUUGAAGCACAGAGUGAGACGAGUGAAUUUGAAGUGCUGAGGGGGGGAGGGGGGUUGGCAAGGGGGUCUGUACAUUUUGCAACCGCUAUAUUCAUGGACGCGACGGAAAACCUAGAAAGAGUUAAUUAUAUGUUCGACGAGGCGAUAUCUUCGAUUAAAGAGGAGAACGACCAGAUCAAAGUCACAUUUUUCAAUCGCCUACCACCAGCACACUUUGACCUUGUCGUCGGAGCAGACGGCAUGACAUCCCGCACGCGCCAUCUAGUCUUCGGCCGUAGACCCAAUACGCAGUCCUAUUCACCAUGCCACGCACCGACUCGGUAUACUGCACCGCGCGGCCGGCUUCUCUUACUUCGCCCAAACAGCUACGGGAACAGGAGAACUUAUAUGGUCGUCACCGACUCAAAUUUGUCCCGCUUUGAGGAUAUCGACGAGGCGAUGAGAAAGGAUGAUGGGAAAACGCAGGAGGCCCGGUUUGAGAAGAAAUCAGAAGGCGCGGGGUUCGUGAAUGAGAGGUGUGUAAGGGAGACGCAGAAGGCUGGGGAUUACUAUGUACAGCAGAUCGCGCAGGUUAAGAUGAAAAGCUGGAGCGAUGGAAAAGCGGUGCUGUUGAGUGAUGCUGCGUAUUUCCCUCCUCCGAUCUCUGGCGUGAAAGCGCAGAGACUGAUACCUGGCGCGUCGCAGGUAGCUAACCCGCAGACGGAGUGGGGAGUAUGGAUAUUCAAUAAAAUCACGGGCGUUGCUUCAAGUGCGAUUGUGAAGGGGCUUGGUGGCGUUGUUGGGAGAUUCUUGACGGCUUUUGGUGGCACAGCAGAUUUUCCAUUUCCAGAGUAUGUGGUUUCAACGACAGGAGGAGAUUGA